CCCGACAGCACGGCAUGCCCGAGGGCCAGCCCUGCUCCGACCUCAGCCUCGCCUCUGCACACUCAGAUGACAUUCUAGGCAAGAGGAGAGCCUACUCCCCCAACAGCAGCAGCGAGUGCCCAUCUGACAGCAAGAAGUCCCGCAGCGUGUCACCUAAAGAAAACUCUCACACUCCUGCGCUGGAGCCAGGCAGUCACAUGACCCCCGAGGAGCACUACAGGCGCAUGAUGUCAGCUCUGAACGAGCAUGGCUCUUAUGAGGAGCAGCAGCAGCGCCUGUAUCAGUUGGCGAACAACAUGGGCGUCCCGAGUCACGAGCUGCUGCGUGUGCGUCAGGAAGCUAUGGCUGCCGUUAGAAACGCAGGAGGAAUGGAAGCCCACGUCCCCUCUGCAGGCAGCUCCUCUAGCCAGCGGCGCAAACAGGGCCUUCCCCAGCACAGAGACGCACAGUUCCCUGAGCGAGACAUAUCGCAUCCUCCAUUGCUGUCCCCACAGAAUGCCCCUCACAUUGCUCUGGGGCCUCACCUGCGUCCCCCGUUUCUGGGCAUGCCUUCUGCCCUUUGUCAAGCCCCAGGUUAUGGUUUCCUGCAACCUGCUCAGGCAGAGAUGUUUGCUCGUCAACAGGAGAUCCUUCGUAAGCAGAACCUUGCUAGGUUGGAAAUGUCUGCUGAGUUGUUGAGACAGAAGGAGUUAGAGAACCUCCACAGGCAGCGACUGCUGGCGGACCCACUGGGCCUGCAUCCCGGGCUUCCUGCGGAACACCCUGCCUUACGCAGCCUGCACGAAAUCCCAGAGGGACACCCACUCCGAGAAGAGCUCAAUCGCCGCAAUGCCAUGCUGGUUUUGCGGCACAACAACACCCCAUUACUCUCCCUCAACCACCAGGGGGCAGCAGUAGGCACUUCCUCUAAAGACCUCAGCAACAGGAAGAGCGUGAGGAAAGGAGGACCACUCCGAGGGGACCAACAAGGGGGUUUGUCUGAGACCAAAGAGAUGCUCAGUGAGGGUUGUGCCAGGGAUGGAGAAACAGAGGGACAAGAUGAAGACAUGAAAGACUCUGAGAUUGAUGCAGAGGUUGGGGAAGAUAGGCCUGAGAGGCUUUCCAAAGUGGACGGACAUAGUCUCGGUUCGGAGGUGUGUCAAGGCAAGGAUGUGAGCAAGUCUAGCGAAACAGUGAAAGAGCUGGGAGAGAGGUCAGGACGGCUCAGUGCCCCUUGUAGCUCCAUUGGCCAAGAGUCACCGACCCACCACCUCUUCACAUCAGGACUGAGCAAGAGUGAGGCCAAAUACCUGCCACCAGGAAUCCCACCCUUAACCACUUUGCCUGGACAAACGCUGCCCUUUACCUUUCCAUACACCAGCCCUUACUUUCACACCGGCGCAAUGGGAGGUCUUUUUGUGGACGGAGAAGAGGCGGGAGCAGUCGAGGACAUCAGCAAGUGGAGUGUGGAGGAGGUGUGCAGCUUCAUCAGCAGCCUAGCAGGCUGUGGGGAGUACACACAGGUCUUCAGAGAGCAGGCCAUUGAUGGCGAGACUCUGCCACUGCUAACUGAGGACCACUUGCUCAACAACAUGGGGUUGAAACUGGGGCCUGCCCUCAAGAUCCGCUCUCAGGUGGCACGACGUAUUGGCAGAAUAUUCUACAUGACCAGCUUCCCGCUGGCCCUCCCGCUGCCGCCAUCUGUUCUGCGCCCCACAGAAAGAGACCCCCUGCCCACUGAGACCCGUCCUCCUUCUACCGGCAGCACUUCCUCCCCAUUCAGCGUGCCCCCUCCCGCUUGCCGCGCCUCCCCCAAACAGGAGAACGGAAACCCCUCCUCAGCGGGAGCCUACGACUCCACUAAACCUCCCUCGUAGAAUUGGCCAUUAAAACUCUUGACUGCUUCUCCAUAUGGCAGAGGCAGUGCUUCAGGGAGGAGGUAAAGACGGAAAGAGGGCAUGAAGGGGGCCCUCUUUGAACUAUUCUUUCCUUCCUCUUACCCCCUCUACCCCCCUCCUGAAAUAAAAAGCAAACUUGAGGACCUUUAUGCAGAGGCACUUAAUCUUUUUAGGAAAAGUGUGGAGAAAUGUGCAGAAAGAAUAGAGACACUGAAGAAACGAUGCGGGCUGAAACAGCUCCACCCUUCGCAGCGGCUGUGAGGAAGCCAAAAUCCAAAGAUGUGCAAAUAGGGACUUGGGGACGAGACAGGAAGGGUUAGAGUGUGUGAGAGAUGAACGUGAGCAGACAGCUGCUCCUAAACAGCAUGCCAGAAAGAAGAGAGACGCAUCCAGCGAGCGCACAAGGUACACAUGCAACAUUCUUUUGUGUCAGACUUUGUAGGAAAGCAUAAUUCGCUGCAAUGAACUCUUGUGGUAACCGACAUUCUCGGGGAGCGUUGAACUUCGAAAAAGACACUUUUUUUUCUUGCGUUUACGCCACCUCCUCCUCCAACUUCCAGCCAUUUUUAAACUCUCUGGAGUUGGUUUUGCAUCGAAAGACUAAAUCCUCCAAAGAGGAGUCAAUCUAAGAACAGGAUGGAACUCAUUUGCAGACUUGACCAGUGCAACUAUGCAUUCCACAGUCCAAAACCAAAGAUGGAUGGAUGUGGAAUUUUCAAACGAGAUCUGGUGUUGAUCUCUCCGGUGAUGAAACAAGGUACACAUACAGGGCCAUACUGAAGGAAGAUAAACUUAAAAAUAAAGAUGUGUGAAGCACUUAUGACUUCCUGUGACCAAAAGCCAUCAGCCAAAGCAAUGGCCCACCCUCUCACCCGACAAACAUCUGGGCCCGUUUUAGUUUCACGACCCCACGAAAAAAGGACAUUAGCGAAGGAUGUACGUAUAGAUGGAUUAAUGCCAUUGUGAGGUCACAAUUACUGCUGUGGGAAAGACAUGUUAUCCUGAAUUGUAUAGAAACAUGCUCAAGAUGAGAAUAUACUGAAGAUGAAAUAAGUGGUACGUUUUGUUAAAUGUAGUUGCACGAGUUAAAAAUCUUCUUUAUUACUGAACAAAAUGUGACUGGGUGACUCGGUGUUACUUUUGUUCUUCUUUUUCUGUUUGCUGUGUAUUCCAGUUGUAAUAAUCAUGAGCCCCAAUCUUAAAUGCCACUUCAGCAUAUAAAUGAGGAAAAAAAUAUUUAUAGAAAAUUGUUUGCUGUAGUUAGAGCAACGAGAUAUUAAAUUGUCCUUAAAUUGAUCCCAAAGAACAAUACUUUUCUCUUUGUUGCAGGGAAAUGGACGGCACAAAGCUCUUUAUGCAAAUCUUUGAAAUAGUUUUUCCUUUUUGAAUAUGUAAGCAAUUAAUUAAAAUCGUCACUAGAUUUCCCAUCAAUGUUUUGUCUUCAUCCUAUUUUUCUAUUCUCCGCUGGGUGAAAUAAAUCCUAUUGCAAACUUAAA